UGGGGGAAGCCGAGAGCCAUGUUGGAGAUGAAUGAAAGGAGGGCGAGGAAAGAGAGAUGUUGCGUCCCUAAGUCACAACCCAAGCUUACAGAACACAGCGAGUAAAUGCGAGCUUUCCGGGCCUAUAGAGACAGAGGACCACGGGAGGAGGUUUGGGCCGGGCCGGUGAAGGCUGCGACUUAGCCAGGGAGAGGAAGGAUUUCUGUUCUACUAAUGGCUGCGGUGCUGCUGGAAACAAGCCUGCUUUCGCGUCUGCUUCUGCUGCUUCUCCUCGGCUCUUUGUUCGCUGCAAGCCCAGGGAAGGUAGCGGGGGGCUUGGGCCGGACCGGAGCCUCCUCCCCCACACCAGGACAGACUAGGAGCCCCAGAUCCAGCGUGUGGGGGAGACGGGACAAGCUGGCCGGGGAAAGAGACAGCGAUCCGGGGGAGCCGUGCACUGGGGGAGACAGCACUGGAAGGGGCCAUGGCAGCCGGGAGGGACUGUGUGGGUACCCUUGUAAAUUAACCCUUCUGUGCACGAAAAGCGCAGAUGGCAGUGCACAAUACCCGCUGCGUGAAAAGACUUCACAGACUGGUUUCAAAAAUGAUCGGCAGCCGGGAAGCAAACGCACGCCGUGUGUGCAUAAUUCUAUUGGAUUGUACUGCUCCGUCUUGCAGAGUCGGGGUAAGAGAACCAUACAAAGGACUAGAGCCCCCUCGGCCCCAUUUGGGUGGCAGCUUGUCUCCCGUCUAGGCACAGCACGCACGGGCCGGCCGGGGCAGUGCACUACAAAGGGCGACGUGUGUGUAUUUCUGCGUCCUUCUUGGCACUCGCUGUUACCGAAUCAAGAAGCUAUUGUCCAGGCAGAGUGGGAGGGCCUCUGCUCGCAGCUCUCAAUGCCGGUCUGUACGCUGUCUGCCCUCUGUACGAAACAGCGGGGAUCACAGACAGCAGAAACAGCGGAGUGCGCCUUCUCGCUGGUUUUGCAUUUAUGUAGGAAACCCUCCCCACUGCCAGUUUCCAAUCCGGAUAACAACUACAACGCAAACACUGCUGGUGCAACUGUCUUCCUCAUCUCGAACCCGUGCCGUUUACCCUCCUCAGCCGACGAGAACAAAAGGAAAAACACACCUUGGAUUAUCAAACUUGUAGUGCAGCCGUGGUGCUGCUCCUGCUGCUCUGCCAGGACUGAUAGCAGGCGGAGGGGACCCUGUCAGAACAGCUGCCGGGGCUUCAGCGAAGAGCAAUGGAGGAGUGAAUGUGUUCGAGUCUGUGAUGUCGCUCGGGAGCGGGGUUUGAUUCGGGAGUGUCACGCGUUUCAUCUGGUCGUGGCUGUCAGCUCACAUCACAGUCUCCGGGAGCGAAGAGCCGAGGACUCAGGGGACUCAUUACUACGAAAGCGAACUGCAAAUCGGCAUGUGAAGCAAACUGUGAAUGAAUCGCAGGUCGAGCAUUCAGGAGCCGGCGAAGAGAGCGGCGACCUGGGGCAGAGUGGCGUCAACAGCCCGGGCCUGGAAAUCAAUGACUGGAGCUUCAAACGGGUAAAGAUCAGCCACGGACAGAGAGGAGCAGAACAAGAGCCGCUGGAUCAGUCCUCGGGUCCGAAGCUGCACUACGUGAGUAAUCUCAGCACCCGCAAUAUUAACAUUACUAGCGCACUACCUGCGAGCUCUCCCGGUCAGCAAUGUGUUGUUAAGUUUCGUGCUUUAAACAAAUGCCUGGCUCUCAAUGAUAAUCGCCAGGCAUGUGCUGAAGGGCUAUGUGAAGAUAAAAGAGGCGCUGACUGUUUGAGCCGAAGGUUUAAAUUCCUUUUGCUGAGCCCCGGAUGGAAGCAGUGUAUGGGCCGUGUGUGUGUAAAACAGCGGGCUGUGUUAAACUGCCUGAGGGGAGAGGUUUCAGCACCACAGGACUGGCGGACAGCUCCCUCCAGCUCUCAGCCAGAAUUGAGCUCAGCUGCGACCGCUCUCAGAGCCUCAAUUCCCUCGGUUUGCAAACAAGAUGGGGAGACGAAACCAGAUACUAAUUAUAACAACAACACGGCCGCGGAAAAUCCAUUCCCGUCCGGUCCCUGUCUCCUGCGCAGGAUGCUCAACGCCACAAAAUUCUGUUUAAAAGCAAUUUGUUCUGAUAGCGGCCGUGGGAAUCGUUUAGCUAUCGAUCUGCGCUUGGCUCAUCCACAAUUAAAGUCCCGCACGGCGGCGGCUGUGCUGCAAUACGAUCCAUUACACAGCAAAGCUGUCGGGCGGCAGAGGCGAGGUAGGUCGAGGAGGGCAGCGCCAGUGCUACCGUUAAUAAGGGCACGCAGAGCCGCGAACCGCCACCCCCUCUUCCCCCAGUAUAAUUACCAGGUUCAGGUGGCGGAGAAUCAGCCCCCAGGGACCUCUGUGAUCGCUAUGAAUGCGCAAGACCCCGACCCCGGCGAGUCAGGCCGGCUCUCCUACUCUAUGGCGCCUCUAAUGAACAGCAGGUCAAUAGAUUACUUCAGCAUCCACCCCAGCCACGGGCUGAUCACCACCACCAAGGUGCUGGAUCGAGAGCACAUGGACCUGCACUACUUCCGUGUCACCGCCGUGGACCACGGGCAACCACGCCUCUCCGCCACGACCAUGGUGGCCAUCACCGUGUCGGACCGUAAUGACCACGACCCGGUGUUUGAGCAGAUGGAGUACCGGGAGACCAUCCGGGAGAACGUGGAGGAGGGCUACCCCAUCCUGCAGCUGCGCGCCACGGACUUAGACGCCCCCUCUAAUGCCAACAUCCGUUACCGCUUUGUGAGCGAGGCCUCGGCACCCAGCCGCGCCGCCUUCGAGAUCGACCCGCGCUCGGGGCUCAUCACCACACGGGGGCCGGUGGACCGUGAGCAGACGGAGCAGUACAGCCUGGUCGUGGAGGCCAGUGACCAGGGCAGGGAGCCGGGGCCCAGGUCUGCCAGUGUGAAGGUGUUCAUCACAGUGCUGGACGAGAACGACAAUGUGCCGCAGUUCAGCGAGAAGCGUUAUGUGGUGCAGGUGCGGGAGGAUGUGCGGCUGCACUCGGAGAUCCUGCGGGUGAGCGCCACGGACCUGGACAAGGACAACAAUGCGCUGCUGCACUACAACAUCAUCAGCGGCAACAGCCGGGGCCAGUUCUCCAUCGACAGCGUGACGGGGGAGAUCCAGGUGGUGGCGCCGCUGGACUUCGAGGUGGAGCGGGAGUACGUGCUGCGCGUGAGGGCCCAGGACGCCGGGCGGCCGCCACUGUCCAAUAACACAGGCAUGGUGAGUGUGCAGGUGGUGGAUGUGAAUGACAACGCGCCCAUCUUCGUCAGCACGCCCUUCCAGGUGUCUGUACUGGAGAACGUGCCACUGGGCCACUCUGUCAUCCACGUGCAGGCCGUGGACACCGACUCCGGGGACAACGCGCAGCUGGAGUACAAGCUGACUGACACGCUGCCCGACACGCCCUUCGUGAUCAACAGCGCCACGGGCUGGGUGACAGUGAGCCGGGCGCUGGACCGCGAGGCCGUGGAGCACUACUUCUUUGGGGUGGAGGCGCAGGACUACGGCACCCCGUCCCUCUCGGCCUCGGCCAGCGUCACCAUCACCGUAAUGGACGUGAAUGACAACCGGCCCGAGUUCGGACAGCGCGAGUACUUCAUCCGGCUCAACGAGGAUGCGGCCGUGGGCACCAGCGUGCUGAGCGUGACAGCCAUGGACCGGGAUGUGAAUAGCGCCGUGACAUACCAGAUUACAGGAGGGAACACGCGCAACCGCUUCUCCAUCAGCACGCAGGGCGGUGCCGGGCUGAUCUCACUGGCCCUGCCUCUGGACUACAAGCAGGAGCGGCGCUACAUACUCACGGUGACCGCCUCCGACCGCACACUGCACGAUAUCUGCCAGGUCCACGUGAACAUCACGGACGCCAACACGCACCGGCCCGUGUUCCAGAGCACACACUUCUCUGUGGGCGUGGCGGAGGACCGGCCGCCAGGCAGCACCGUGGUCGUGAUCAGCGCCACGGACGAUGAUGUGGGGGAGAAUGCGCGCAUCACCUACUUCCUGGAGGACAACAUCCCACAGUUCCGCAUCGACUCCAACACGGGCGCCAUCACGCUGCAGGCAGAGCUGGACUACGAGGACCAGAUGACCUUCACGCUGGCCAUCACUGCGCGUGACAACGGCAUCCCACAGAAGUCUGACACCACCUAUGUGGAGGUGAACGUGAAGGACGUGAAUGACAAUGCACCGCAGUUCAUCAGCCCGCGCUACCAGGGCACCAUCAUGGAGGACACCCCACCUUUCACCAGUGUGCUGCAGAUAUCCGCCACCGACCGUGACGCACACGCCAACGGCUGGGUCCAGUACACCUUCCAGAAUGGGGAGGACGGAGACGGGGACUUCACCAUCGAGCCCACCUCAGGGAUCGUACGCACGGUGCGGCAGCUGGACAGGGAGAGCGUCCCCUUCUAUGAGCUCACCGCCUACGCCGUGGACCGGGGGCUCCCUCCUCAGCGCACCCCCGUGCACAUCCAGGUCUCCGUGCUGGACGUGAACGACAACGCGCCCGUGUUCCCCGCUGAUGACUUCCAGGUGUUCGUGAAGGAGAACAGCGCCGUGGGCUCCGUGGUGGCUCAGAUCACGGCCACGGACCCGGAUGAGGGCCCCCACGCCCAGAUUAUGUACCAGAUCGUGGAGGGGAACAUCCCAGAGAUCUUCCAGAUGGACAUCUUCUCUGGGGAGCUGACCACACUCAUCGACCUGGAUUACGAGGCUCGCUCGGAGUACGCCAUCGUGGUGCAGGCCACGUCCGCGCCCCUGGUGAGCAGGGCUACCGUGCGGAUCAAGCUGGUGGACCAGAACGACAACGGGCCGGUGCUGCAGAACUUCCAGAUCAUCUUCAACAACUUUGUGUCCAACAAGUCCAACAGCUUCCCCAGCGGGGUGAUCGGGCGCGUGCCGGCCAGGGACCCCGAUGUGUCGGACCGGCUGCACUACUCCUUCGAGCGCGGCAAUGAGCUCAACCUGCUGCUGCUCAACCACACCAGCGGGGAGCUGAGGCUCAGCCGCAAGCUCGACAACAACCGGCCUCUCGUGGCCUCCAUGCUGGUCACUGUGUCAGAUGGGAUCCACAGUGUGACAGCUCAGUGUGUGCUCCGUGUCCUCAUCAUCACGGAGGACAUGCUGUCCAACAGCGUGACGGUGCGUCUGCAGGACGUGUCCCAGGACCGCUUCUUGUCCCCGCUGCUGGGACACUUCCUGGACGGGGUGUCCUCUGUGCUGUCCGUCCCCCAGGAGGACAUCUUCGUGUUCAACAUCCAGCAGGACGGGGACGCAGACAUCCUGAACGUCAGCUUCUCCGCCCUGCUGCCUGGGGGGCUCUUCCUCCCCUCUGAGGCCCUGGAGGAGCAGCUGUACCUGAGCCGGCCGCGGCUCACUGCCCGAGCCAUGCUGGAGGUGCUGCCCUUUGACGACAACGUGUGCCUGCGAGAGCCCUGCCAGAACUACAUGAAGUGUGUCUCCGUGCUGCAGUUCAACAGCUCCGCCCCCUUCAUCACCUCCGCUUCCAUCCUCUUCAGACCCAUCCACCCAAUCACGGGGCUGCGCUGCCGCUGCCCGCCCGGCUUCACAGGAGACUACUGCGACACAGAGAUCAACCUGUGCUACUCCAAGCCCUGCCUGAGCGGAGGGGUGUGUGCGCACAGGGAGGGCGGCUACAGCUGCAUCUGCAGAGAGGGCUACACUGGAGAGCACUGCGAGGUGGACAGUCGCGCCAGCCGCUGUGUCCCGGGGGUCUGUGGGAAUGGGGGGACCUGCACAGAGCUGCCGGAGGGGGGGUUCCGCUGCGACUGUCCCUCAGGGGGCUUUGAGAAGCCAUACUGCACCGUCACGACCAGAUCCUUCCCUCCCAAAUCCUUCAUCAUGUUCAGAGGACUGCGGCAGAGAUUCCACCUCUCCAUCUCCCUCUCGUUUGCCACUGUGGAGUCCAGCGGGCUGCUGCUGUAUAACGGACGAUUCAACGAGAAACACGACUUCAUCGCUCUGGAGAUCGUGGAGGGGCAGGUGCAGCUCAAGUACUCCACAGGUGAGUCCUCCACCCAGGUAAGCCCUUACCUGCCUGGGGGGGUGAGUGAUGGAAACUGGCACACCGUGCAGGUCCAGUACUACAACAAGCCCAAGCUCAGCUCCUCUGGUGAGGCUCAGGGCCCCUCAGAGGAGAAGGUGGCGGUCGUGACGCUGGAUGACUGCGACACGGCCCUCGCUCUGCGCUUCAGACAGCAGAUCGGCAACUACAGCUGCGCAGCGCAGGGAGUGCAGUCCAGCUCCAAGAAAUCUCUGGACCUGACGGGUCCUCUCUUGCUGGGCGGUGUUCCAAAUCUUCCUGAGAAUUUCCCCGUGCUGAGCAGGGAGUUCAUCGGCUGCAUGAAGGACUUGCACAUCGACAACCGCAGGAUAGACAUGGCCGGCUACAUCGCCAACAACGGCACCCUGCCAGGCUGCAGUGCUAAGCUGUCUUUCUGCGAUGGGAACCCUUGCAAGAACGGAGGCACCUGCCGAGUGAGCUGGGAGACCUUCUCCUGUGAGUGCCCCCUAGGGUUCGGAGGCAAGGACUGCAGCCACGUGAUGCAGCACCCACACCGCUUCCUAGGAAAUAGCGCCCUCUGGUGGGACCUGAAGAAUGAGGUGACAGUCUCACUGCCCUGGUACCUUGGGCUCAUGUUUCGAACCCGAGCCGCUGAGGGUGUGCUACUGCAGGCACACGCAGGACAGUACACCAGCAUGGCCUUCCAGCUGGAUGGUGGUCAGCUCUCGUUCCUGAUCAGCAGAGGCUCGAGCCGCAUGGUUCGGCUGCUGCUUGACCAGGUGCAGGUGGACGAUGGGAAGUGGCACGACCUGCAGCUGGAGCUGAGAGACGUGCGCAGCGGCCGGGACACGCGCUACGUGGCAACUGUGCGGCUAGACUUCGGCCGGUUCCAGGGCACAGUGAUUGUGGGUAAUGAUCUCCAUGGUCUCAAGGUGAAGCACCUACAUGUGGGCGGAGUCCUGGGGACAGGGGAGGUGCAGAGUGGAGCACGGGGGUGUAUACAGGGGGUGCGUUUGGGGGACACUCCAACGGGGAUGCCCCUGCCCAAGCCGACACGCUCAUUCAAGGUGGAGUCAGGGUGCAGCGUGGGUGACCCCUGUGAUUCCAGCCCCUGCCCCUCGAACAGCUACUGCAGCGAUGACUGGCAGAGCGCCUCCUGCCUCUGUGAUCCAGGUUACUAUGGGAAGAGCUGCAUGGACGCCUGCCAGCUGAACCCCUGUGAGAAUGAGGCUCUCUGCAGGAGGAAACCCAGCAGCUCCCACGGCUACACCUGCGACUGUGGAGACAACCACUUCGGACAGUAUUGCCAGCACAGGAUUGACCAGCAGUGCCCCAAGGGCUGGUGGGGGAACCCGACGUGCGGACCCUGCAACUGUGACGUGAGCAAGGGCUUCGACCCGGACUGCAACAAGACCAGCGGACAGUGCCACUGCAAGGAGUUCCAUUACCGGCCGGCAGGAAGUGACACGUGCCUACCAUGUGACUGCUAUCCGGUGGGCUCCUUGUCCAGGUCCUGUGAUCUGGAGACGGGCCGGUGCCUGUGCAGGCCAGGUGUGAUUGGGCGGCAGUGUAACGGGUGUGACAGCCCCUUCGCAGAGGUGGCACACAGCGGCUGUGAGGUGAUCUAUGACGGGUGUCCCAGGAUCAUCACAGCAGGAAUCUGGUGGCCUCGCACCAAGUUCGGGCUCCCGGCCGCCGUGCCCUGUCCCAAAGGCUCCCUGGGUGCUGCGAUCCGUCACUGUGAUGAGGAGCAAAGCUGGAUGGAGCCAGACCUCUUUAACUGCACCUCCCCUCCCUUCACGGAGGUGGCUGCUGUGCUGGACAGUCUGGAGCGUAACGAGACGGAGCUGAGCACCAUAGAGAUGAAGAAGCUGGCGCACCAGCUGAGGGACGUGGCGGAGGGGGUGGGGCACUACUUCGGGAGCGACCUGCAAAUAGCAGAGCGACUGCUGACCCUCCUGCUGGGCUUUGAAUGCAAACAGAGCGGCUUCGGACUGACAGCCACACAGGACGCACACUUCAACGAGAACCUGCUCCGUGCCGGCAGUGCUGCUCUGGGCGCGGGCAAUGCGGCGCUGUGGCGUUCUCUGGGUGUGCUGCAGCUCAUGGACCGGCUGCAGGAGUACGCUGGCACGCUGGCGCAGAACAUGAAGCAGACCUACCUGAACCCCGUGGGUAUUGUGACCCCCAACAUUGUGCUGACUCUGGACCGGCUACAGAACCACACUCACAUCCGCCGGAGAUUCCCGCGCUACCACAGCAGCCUGUUCCGUGGACAGAGCCUCUGGGACCCCCACACUCACGUGGUGCUGCCCCCCUCUGCCCUCGCACCCCCCAAACACGCAGCCCCGCCCACAUUAGGACCCUACCCCACCGGUGCACCGACCAAUGAGACGGCAGAGGUGGCUGUGCCGAAGCAAGCCGCCCCUGAGCCAGAGCCGCCAGUGACUAUCGUCAUUCUGCUGAUCUACCGAACCCUGGGGAGCGCCCUGCCAGCACGCUACCAUACUGAGCGGAGAGGAGUUAGGCUGCCCAAGAACCCUGUGAUGAACUCGCCGGUCCUCAGCGUGUCUGUGUACAACAACCACACGUAUGUGCGUGGUGUGCUGGACUCACCGCUGCUGCUGGAGUUCCAGCUGCUGGAGACGGCCAAUCGCAGCAAACCGCUGUGCGUGCAGUGGAACCACUCGAGCACGACAGAGCCGGCUGGCUGCUGGGUCGUGAGGGACUGCAGUGUGGUUCACAGGAACACCACCCAUGUGCGCUGCCAGUGCUCCUGCCUCGGGACCUUCGGAGUGCUAAUGGACAGCUCCCAGAGAGAGCAGUUGGAAGGUGAUUUGGAGACCCUGGCUGUGGUGUCAUACUCCUCCCUGUGUGUGUCUCUGCUCGCUCUGCUCCUCACCCUCUCAAUCCUCAGCUGCCUCAGCGGACUCAAGUCCAACACGCGCAGCAUCCACUGCAACAUGGCUGCCGCCAUCUUCCUGUCCGAGCUCGUCUUCCUGCUGGGCAUCAACCAGACCGAGCAGCAGUUCCUGUGCACCGGCAUUGCCAUUCUGCUACACUAUUUCUUCAUGGCCACGUUCGCAUGGCUGUUUGUGGAGGGGCUGCACAUCUACCGCAUGCAGACGGAGGCGCGCAACAUCAACUACGGAGCCAUGCGCUUCUACUACGCCAUCGGCUGGGGCGUGCCAGCCAUCAUCACCGGCCUGGCGGUGGGGUUGGACCCUGAGGGUUAUGGGAACCCUGAUUUCUGCUGGAUCUCGGUCCACGACAAGCUGAUCUGGAGCUUCGCUGGACCCAUUGGCAUUGUCAUUGUGAUGAAUGGAGGGAUGUUCCUCGUCGUGGCGCGCAUGUCCUGCAGCCCCGCGCAGAAAGAGACAAAGAAGCACUCCGUGGUUGUGACAGUGCGCAAUGCCUUCAUUCUGCUGCUCCUGGCCAGCUCUACCUGGCUGUUCGGUCUGAUGGCCGUCAAUAACAGUGUCCUGGCCUUUCACUACCUCUACACUGUGCUCUGCUGUCUGCAGGGUCUGGCCGUGCUGCUGGUGUUCUGCCUGCUGAACUCGGAGGUGCAGGAGGCCUGGAAGCUGGCCUGUCUGGGCAAGAAGAACCCUGGAGAGGAAUCCACACGACCAGAGAGACCACCCCAGCAAAUUACAGGUCCCAACCCCUACAACAACACAUCCUUGCUUGAGGAGAGCGGGCUGCAUCGCAUCACCCUGGGGGCCUCGACCAUCUCCUCCGUGAGCAGCGUGCGCUCAGCACACACACACUCCAGCCAGAGAGCUGGGUACCUGAGAGAGACCCUGCUGGCUCGACAGGGCUGCGCGCUGGAGCACAACCUGCUGGGACCCACUGGAGCCACAGACCUGGACGUGGCCAUGUUUCACCGGGACGGAGGAGACGACUCGGACUCAGAUUCAGACCUGUCCCUUGAGGAGGAGCGCAGUCUGUCCAUCCCGUCCUCCGAGAGCGAAGACAACGUGCAUCUCCGCGGGAGGAUCCAGCGCCGAUUCAAACGCACCAACCAGAGCGAGCGCCUGCUCUCUGACCCCGCCCACAGCACAGCCAAAGAUCUGGACGGCAAUGAUCUGCUCUCCUAUUGGCCGGCCCUGGGGGAGUGUGAGGUGCACUCACUGCACAAGUGGGGCUCUGAGCGCCGGCUGGGUGUUGACUUCAGCAAAGAUGCAGCCAAUAACAACCAGCUGGAGCCGUCUCUAACCAGCGGGGAUGAGAACAGUGUGACACACAGGCACCGUAAAGGAAUCUUGAAGAACCGCCUCCCCUGUCCUCCAGCCGUACAGGGCCUGUCGUCGAUGGGCCGGGUCCCGAGCGAGCUGUCCUGGUACAAGACCUCCACGCUGGGGCAUCGGGCCGUGCCGGCGGCCUCGUACGGGCGCAUGUACUCUGGGACGGGCAGCCUGUCCCAGCCGACCAGCCGCUACUCGUCUCGGGAGCAGCUGGACUCCCUGGCACGCCGGCAUCUGUCCCGCGAGGCCAUGAGCCACCGCCACGCCACUUCACAAGACUGCCUGGAGGCCGUGCCCAGCAGACAUGCCCCGCGGGAGAGCCUGGAGGCAGGGGGCUGGCUCAACAGCACCCUCCCCCGCAGGGGGGGCACCAGAGAACACCUGGAGGCGCUGCCCAGCAGAGCACAGCAGCCCUGCAGAGAGUGGCUGAACACGCUGCCGACCCGCCAGCCCUCGAGAGACCCCUCGCCCCCCCUGCAUGUGCCCACCAGACAUGCAUCCCGUGAGCAGCUGGAGCUUCUGUCCCGCUGGCAGGGCUCGCGGGAGAGGCUGGACUGCGCGCCCCCCUGUAGGUACCUGUCCCGAGAGGUGCUGGAGCCCCCAAGCCGCCAUCCCUCCACUGAGCAGCUGGACAUCCUCUCCUCCAUCCUGGCCUCCUUCAGCUCCUCUGUACUUUCCUCCUCCUCCUCCUCUGCUCCACAGGGGGCCACCAUCACUCCGUCCUGCACUGCAGCCGGCCAGACCUCUCCCCCCCCUCCCGCGCCCUGCUCCUCCACCCCACGCUCCGCAACCUCACACAGCAUCUCGGAGCUCUCCCCCAACUCAGAAGUAACAAGAGCUGAAGGACAGUCUUGAUGACACCCCCAAAAACAUCCCAGAAUUCAGUGUGUCUGUGAAUCCCGGCUGGCACAAGCCUCGCCCACUCCGCUGACCCACAGAAAGCUGAGGUCAGUGCUGAUGGAGCUGGGAAUGCUGGGAAGACAGAGGACUGCCUCUGUGUUUGUCCCUGCUGGGAUGGCAGGACUGAGGAGAGCCGGGAGCACACAACUCAAAUCUUCCAUAUCACGCAUCUCCCACAUCUCCAGUGAACAGGAGACAGAGAGAAACAUGCAAGAACAAAACACCAAGACUUUUUUAUACAUUUUGUAUCUUUUUCAUCAGAGAGGAAAACAAAUAUUUCUAUGAUCUUGUUUUUAAAGCUUAUUUUGCGAUGUUGUUUUUGUUGCUGCUGUGUAGAGUUUGAACACUGCGGGGCAAGAGAGAGAAGCCCAGGACAGGACUGGAGGGAACUCCUUCUCUACUGCAGUAACAGAGACUGACCACCAGAAGGAGAAAGAGAGCACAGGACUAGAACUGAAUCUCCACCGCAGUAACAGAAACUGGCCACAAGAGGGAGACAGAGAGCACAAGACUGUAGCACUGAUUCUACACUGCAGUAACACAGACUGACCACAAGAGGGAGACAGAGAGCGAGGGACUGUAGAACUCGGUCUCUCUGUCCAUCCUGUCCUGUCCUGGACACCGUGUCUGUCUCUCAUACACAUGGUAAGCCCAUCUGCGACUGGGGUGGAAGCAGAGAGGGUUACAGGAAGCAGUGUUUAUUUCCAUUGAACAACACAAAACAAAUUGUUUGUAAUUGUACUGAAUAAAAAAUAAAUACAUUAAUAAAUAAUGUAAAAAAUAAAGAAUUGGAAGCAUAUGAGUGGACAUGCUAGCCCUCUCCCUGU